AUGGCCCCAUCAAUCCCCUCAAAGGCCCCUUCAAGCAUUCGAAUUCACACACUCAACUGCUGGGGUCUCAAAUACAUCGCCAAGUACCGCAAUGAACGCAUGUCAGAGAUCGGACGGCAACUGGCAUUAGCCAGCCCGCCGCCGGAGAUAGUUGGACUACAAGAAUGUUGGACACAGGAGGAUUUCGAAAGCAUUCGCGACCAGACUCGACACAUCCUCCCAUACGGAAAAUUCUAUUACGGGGGCAUAUUUGGUGCAGGACUGGCCAUUCUGUCAAAAUGGCCGAUUGAGGAGAGCAGCAUGUUUGGGUACCCGUUGAAUGGCCGACCAACAGCCUUCUUCCGAGGAGAUUGGUUCGUUGGAAAAGGCGUUGCAAGUGCAAGAGUUAGAUUUGGACCUGGUACCGCAGAUGUGGCAGAGGUGUUCUGUACACAUCUGCAUGCUCCGUACGAGCGCGAACCAAACGACUCCUAUCUAUGCCACCGGACCGCCCAAGCAUGGGAAAUUGCAAAAUUGAUGCGAGGUGCUGCUGAACGUGGUCACCUUGUUAUUGGCUUAGGCGACUUUAAUAUGCUGCCCUCGUCUUUCGCCCACCGCCUGAUCACAGCUCAGAGCCCCGUCCGUGACGUCUGGCGCGAGCUGCACCCAGAAUCCUCCCUCGCAGCAGCAAUUGAUCCCAUCGAAAAGGCACGUGGCCUGUCCAUACCUACCGCGGAGUACAACAUCACUGAGAAUGGAGCCACCUGCGACGGCUCCUACAAUACCUGGCGCUGGUCUGAGGCCUUGCGCAAGCGUCUCGAAAAGGGCGAGGAAAUUGUUAUUGACAAAGACACCCCAGACCCCCGCGGAAAACGUCUGGACUAUAUCUUCGUCGGCGAUGGCGGCUAUCCGCCUGCCUUCCCACCUUCCCGCUGGUCUGUUGAGUCAGCCCAUAUCGCCAUGACCCAGCGUCACCCUAAACUAGGGUGCUCUCUGAGCGACCACUUCGCUGUUGAGGCCGUUAUCACUCGUUCUUCGAACAACCACUCUCGCUCCAACUCCAGUAUUGAUAUGCCAGCCGAUCCCGACUCUCCUACCCUUCACAAAACAACAUCAAAGCAAGUCUUCCCCAACGCCGCCCUCUCACCAGACACAUAUGACCACAUCAUCGAUAUGACGCAUACAUAUGUACGCCGCGAACGUUCUCAACGUCGCUGGCGUAUGGCACACUUCAUCGCGUCCAUUUUUAUUUCCAUUGGAUGCAUGGUUGGUGUCUGGUGGGUUAGCAGUCGCACGUACAUUGGCUUCAUCCUCAUUCUAGUCAGCACACUCAACCUCAGUGCUGGAAUCUUGGAUGGCUUGAUUGGCGGACUUUUCAUGUCGAGCGAGUUGCGUGCUUUGAAGGAGUUUGAAUGGGAGGUGAGAAAUGCGAGAAGCUUGGUGGUUACUGCUGAGGGCGGUGCUCUUUCGGGAGAAGCAGAGAACAAAAAGGACGAUUGA